AUGCAUCCAUCUCUUCGUCAGAACGUAUCGGACGAGUAUAUCGAGCUGACCAAGCCCCUUCCGUCCGACGUAUUCACUCCUUCCUGCUCUCUCCAGCUUCCCCAAGAGCGCUUUGCCCGCCCCAUUGCAUCAUCCCUGUUCUCGUUCUCAUACUCACCGCCGUCCGGUUGUCUAGCCCCAUGGACCCACGUCGUUCUCGAAUUCCGCGCUUCAUGUGACGAUGAACUGUACGAUAGGAUCAUCGGCGUCUGGCUCGACGGCGUCGAAAUUCUCCGCACCAGCACGGCGGAGCCUACGGAAUCUGCAAUGUUCCCAAAGGUUCGGAAGGACGUCACCAGGUACUCUUCCCUGCUUUCGCGGUCUAAUCUCACACUCACGGUAAUGCUAGAAAAUUUUGUUAACAACGCCUUCACCGGAGUUUGCAACGUUAACAUUUCUCUUCUUUAUUACGGGGAGAACGAGACCACGAAUUCGCCUUCACUUGAAGAUCGGAAAUAUCACAGAAAACUUGGUUUUUUAACCGGAAAAACUGUCGAUCGAACUGAAAAAGAGGGAACAUUCGGAUUUAAAGAUGAGGAAUUUACAAUUACAACUAUUAAUAAAUCUGAGAAGAAAUCAGGGUUAGAUGAUAGAUCUGCAACUGAAUCCGUCGAGAACACCCGAGCGAUAUCUGCAUUCCCGGUUGAAGUAAAGAAAUUGGGAUUUAUAUCUUAUAGACCUGGUGGUGGAAAGAGGGGGUUGAAAGGAUCACAAAUUUUAUAUGAAAAACCUGCAGACAUGAUAAUCCCAAUUUCAGGUAAUAACAGUAAUGGUUUCUGGUUCCGAAUUCAGAAUGAGUCAGAUGUGUACACCAGAGAAAUCCAGAUUCCCCUUAAUACCCACAGAGCUGUUUUGGAGGUUUACGUGUCAUUUCAUGGAAACGACGAAUUCUGGUACUCGAACCCUCCUGAUGCUUACUUCAAAAAGAACAACUUGACCCUCGAACGAGGAAAUGGAGCUUUCCGGCAAGUUUUUGUGACAAUAGACGGUGCUUACGUUGGAUCGGAGCUACCUUUUCCGGUCAUAUUCACGGGAGGGAUCAACCCAUUGCUCUGGGAACCCGUCGUCGCAAUCGGAGCAUUCGAUCUUCCUUCCUACGACAUUGAUUUGACUCCGUUACUCGGUCUUCUUCUGGAUGGAAAUAACCAUUCCUUUGGACUCGGAGUGAGUGACGGAAUUCCAUUCUGGCUUCUUGACGCUAAUCUGCACCUUUGGCUAGACCCAGAUGCGUCUGUUGUCCAAGCAGGAUCUUUGUUUUAUCAAGCCCCCGAUGUUUCAGUGAGACGAAUUCCGAAAUAUGCACCACAGCUUAAUGGAUUCUUCAAGACAAAAGCCAAAGGGAUGACGGUGUUCUCCGGAUGGGUGAAUUCGACUGCAGGGAACUUCACCACCAGCAUCAAAAAGAAAUUGAAACUCAAGAACUCGAUAAAGUUCAAGAAGAAUGGAAAGAUCAAGGAUGUUAAACAGAGAAUCAGUGUGAAGACAAGAGUGAUGGUGAUGUCUGACAGAGGGUACGUUCUCAGUCGAGCAACCUUCUUAAGGAAGUACCCUCUUAGCAUCACAACCACCAUUAAAGCAGGACUAGAAAACAAUACGUAUCUAUUAGUCACUAACAUCUCUCAUUCCAUGAUUGAGAAAACCUCCGCAGGGCACUUCUCGAGCUCUGUUACCAAUUCCCAAGAAUCCUCCGGAGAGAUGGUGUUUCAGGGCAACUCAUUUCUCUCUGGUUCUGGUAAUACUCAACAAACUCUCAAAUACAGAUACGGGUACAGUUGCUACUCCAGAACUGUCGCAGCAAGCAAUGGGAAGCUUUUGAAGGAUAAUUCAACAGAUUUCUGUGCUCAACCCCAAGGAUAA